GUAAAGGUUUGUCCUUUUCCCAGCCCUAGCGAGAAAAAGGUGGAAAUACAACCCGACAACCGACUGGAACGGAUGCAAAGGAAGACGCGAACGAAAUACGGCACGAAAAUUGUGUCAUUUAUAAACGGAAGAGUCUCUAAAAGAAAACGGAGGACGAAUUCAAGAAAUUGCACGUUGGAAUAAAUUUGAAACAACCCCUAACUUCACCUCAGUUCAAGGGAGGAUUAAUCAAGCCGCAGUGAGUGAAAGUAUGCGAGAAGAUCCAACCACCUCGACUAGGCACCGUUCGCAACGGCAGACCAUCAACAGCGGCGUGUUUUUGUUAAUUAGAUGCUAGAAAGAGAAGACGGAUUUUCGGCUCAUUUUCACCUCAAUGGUGACGAUAUAAGUUGUAGGAUCCGCCACAAAACAUAUACACUGGGAUCCGCUACAAACAAAUACGGAGGACAGCGUAGAGGAACAGUGCUCUAUAUUCAUUAUCAGUGUAUGUUUCUGUUUCGUGCUCUACAUUCUGACAGACAAUUCGGUGCAUGGUGUACGUUUGACAGUAAUCAGUAACCGUGUGUUUUGUGGGUGACAGGUGACGAAAUGUGUACUAAAAUAUUUCGUUCGAGUACAAAAACCUCAUUUAAAAAGGGGGUCAGUUGAGUGUUUGGUCAAAUUUCCAUUACAAAUACAUAACUUGUGAAUAACUGUAAUAUUUUGUUUUAUAACUGUUUAAUAAGCGUGUACCUAAGCCGUUAUCAGUAUUAUUUUUAGUAUUUUGUGCGGCAAGUAUUCAGAUGUCUGAUGUGUACAUUAUUUCAGGUUGUAGGACUCCAAUUGGAAAUUUUAUGGGACAGUUUCAGAAGCUGUCUGCCUCUGACUUGGGUAUUAUAGCAGUAAGUGAAGUCAUCAAAAGGGCUUCAUUACAUCCUGAAGAUGUAGAACAUGUUAUCUUAGGGCAGGUACUGACAGCAGGUCAAGGUCAAAAUCCUGCUCGAAUAACUGCGGUUGGAGCAGAAAUGCCAGUAACCACAACAGCAUACCUGAUCAAUAUGCUGUGCGGUUCUGGAUUGAAGGCUGUAGCGCUAGGUUACCAGGGGAUUAAAGCCGGAGAUUACAAUAUUGUUGUAGCUGGAGGGCAGGAGAAUAUGUCGGCAAGUCAACAUACGGUCUAUAUGAGGGGAAAAAAGAUAGGUGAUAGUACAAUGGCAGAUUCAUUGUAUACCGAUGGUUUAAUAGACUUUAGUAAUAAGGUUCACAUGGGAAAAACAGCUGAACACUUAGCAAAACUGUACAGUAUUUCGCGCGAGGAGCAGGACUUGUUUGCAUGUAAAAGUCAAAAUAAAGCAGAGGAAGCAGUUAAAAAUGGCUAUUUUGACAAGGAAAUUGUGCCUGUACUAGUAGAUAAAAGGACUGGCGCUACUGUUGAUAAAGAUGAGUUUCCCAGACCAGGAAUGACUGUGGAAAAACUAGCAAAAUUAAAACCGUGUUUCGAAAAUCCUGGAACUGUUACAGCUGGAAAUUCCUCAGGUCUCAAUGAUGGUGCCGCCGCAGUAGUAUUAGCGAAUGCAGCGAAAAUCAAAGAAAAAGGUCUCACCCCGAUUGCCCAAAUUAUAGGCUUUGCAGAAGCGGGUCUUGAACCCAUGUGCAUGGGAUUGGGACCUAUAGGAGCUGUCACGAACCUGCUCAAGAAAAUAGGCUGGACCAAAGAAGAAGUAGAUCUGUACGAGCUGAAUGAGGCUUUCGCUGUUCAAAGUGUCAUCGUCGUUAAAUCCCUAGGCGUAGACGAAUCAAAAGUGAACAUUUCUGGCGGGGCUAUAGCCCUCGGGCAUCCCCUCGCGUGUUCUGGCUCAAGAGUGCUAGUCACUCUUCUGCAUAAUCUGGAGAGAUUGGGGAAGAAAAAAGGGAUUGCAGCCCUUUGUAUUGGGGGCGGGAUGGGGAUAGCAAUGGCUGUGGAAAUGUGCUAGAAAGAUAUAACAAAGAUUUUGAUUCUUUAAGUUUAAAAUAAUUAGUAUUUUGCGUGUGAGGUGUCCAGAGAUUAUUAAAUAAUCUAUAAAAUUUUUAUAGAUUUUGAUAGCAACUUUAUAUAAAUUAGAAUUUGGAAAAAUAUACAUGUUAUUUAUAUACUGUUAUUUAUUGAAUAUAGUUUUUUGAGAAAUUA